AUGUACUGGGCUACACUAGGAUGUACUGGGAUGCACUGGGAUGUACUGGGAUGUACUGGGAUGAACUGAGGUGUACUAGAAGAGCUGAGUGGCCACGCUGGACUGCGUGGGGGUGUACUGGUCUAUACUAGGAUGUACUGGGAUGCACUGGGGGGGCAUGCUGGGUUGGGCUGGGAUGUACUGGGGGCACUGGGAUGUGCUGAGUGGCCACGCUGGACUGCGUGGGGGUGUACUGGUCUGUACUGGGGCGCACUGGGCUGCUGGGGGGUCUUUGUCCCGGCGCAGAAAGGGAAAUCUCGCGCCGCGGGCGCCAAAUCGAAACCGGACAAGUCACGCACGCCAGUCCGAGCCCAGACCAAGAAAACCCCCAAAACCCCCGGCCGGGCCCCGAGCCAGCGCACCCCGACCCCGGAUGAGGAGCCGCUGCCACCGGAGCCCUUGGACGUCGAGCCCAUCCUGGACGAUCUCCUGGAGCGGGUGCUGACCGAGUGCGCGCUGGCGGCCGCGGCUCGGCAGCGGGUGCCAUUCACGGUGUCGCGGGCGCGGGAUGCCAUCCUGUUUGUCGCUGAGUGGCGGUUCCUGGUGCGGGACGACGGGGACCCGGAUCCCGAACGAGACGGAGUCUGGAACGAAGACGAGGAGCCCCAAACCAGUCACUGGGACUCUUCUACACCGGGCGUUGUCCCUGAGCGCUUGAAAGAGGUCUCAUCCGAGGAUCUCUCCGUGACAGCCGAGACUGAAGAAGCUCAGCUCGAGGUCCUCCAUUCUGUUUUACUCCCGGAUGUCCCUCGGUCCCCGGGCAAGGUCCCCGCUGUGACAGCGCCGUGCCAGCCCCCCUCUGCAGCAGCCGCAGCUCCUUCCGCUCAGGAUCCCGGCACUGCCACCGCCGUGCCCCGCCCGAAGCCGCCCAUCGCUCCCCAGCCCCCGGGGAGGAGCCGCCGCCUCUCCCGGCUCCCUCUGGCCCGACCCCCGGCUCGUCCCUCGGCCGUGCCCUCGCAGCCCCGAGCGCCGGCACCGCGGCAGCCCCGCCGGACCACGGCGACAGUCCAUGACCGAAUGCCACCACCGCCACCGCCACCCUCCCCCCGCAUCAGCCUUGCGUGGGUCCAGCCGCAAAGAUCCUCCCGCGGCACCCGGGUGCCCAGGCUGGGGACCCGCCGCGAUGCCGUUCGCUGGUUGUUACCCGAGGUGAGGGUGGUGGACGUGACCACCGAGCCCGACCGGGUGCGGCCCGUAGGAUCGCGGACCCGGCUAAUCACGUCCGGGACCCGCUACGUCCCGCAGACAGCGGGGCGGACCCCCAAGGGCGAACCGCAGCUCUGUGACCCCUGGCUGGCCUCGGCUCGCUUGGCCCCCGGUGUCACCGUGCGCUGGGGCAGCAGCGAGCGGCGCGGGCCGCCCCCGCCGGGGCACAGCGCGCACGGGGAGAGCGAGCCGGAGGAGGAUGAGGCGAUGAGGAGGGCGAAGAAGGAGCUGAAACCCAUCCUGCCCACCCCGGAGUCCCGGUUCUCAGAGUUCAGCGAUGGAGAGGAGCAGCAGGAGCUCCCAGAGGUUGUCCCAGCUGUGGGGGUACCCCCGGCCCUUUGGGGCCCCUCGGUGCCUCGUGUGCUGUGGGUGCCGGAGAUGGUACCGGCCACGACAUCGGUAGGCACCUCCGAAUAUCGGAGUUCUUCAGCGCUGAUGAGAAAAAUUCAGAAGUAAAUAAAAAACCCUUAAAUAAGUUUCUUCACCCGGCCGGGUGUCUGGUCCCCGCUGGCCCGUUGUCCCCAAAUGAGGAAUGAGGGGGAUGUGACACGUGUGGCUUCGUCCCUUUGAGCUCUCUGUCCUGGAGAACGGGGACCCCGGCGGGACGGGGCGGGCAGAGACUGCCCGGAGCCUCCUCUGCAGCUCGGGGUCCCUCUCUGGGACUGUCCCCACCCGCUGGGCCACUCCUGGAGGUCCUUGCUCCCACAGGGACGUGCUCCAGCCCUGGAGUGUCCGAGUGUCCCCGCACUGCAGGGCCUUGGGGGGCACGGGGGGCAUCGCCCUGGGGUGGCCCGAGGACACCGGUGUGACACAAGCUUUAAAUGUCCCCCGGUCACUCCCUGAAUCGUAUUUAUAGAGACCCUCAUUAGCAUUUGAGGAGUA